CACCACCGCAUCACCCCGCAUUGAUACCUAGUCACCAAACGCUCCAGCGGCGAGGACGACGACGACGACCAGAUAACUUUUACAAAGGCCCGAAGAAACUGUCCUGUAUCAUACUCAGCCACACAAACACCUGCUGUCAAGAUGAGUAGUCCGAAGAGAAGAAUCGAGACGGAUGUCAUGAAGAUGAUGAUGAGCGACUAUGAGGUCACUCUGGUCAAUGACAACAGGCAAGAGUUCUUUGUCCGAUUCAAGGGUCCUGAAGAGACACCCUUCCAAGGUGGCCUCUGGAAGAUCCAUGUCGAGCUUCCUGAUCAGUACCCCUACAAGAGUCCGAGCAUCGGGUUCGUGAACCGCAUAUUCCAUCCCAACAUCGACGAGCUAUCAGGCAGUGUCUGCCUCGACGUUAUCAACCAAACGUGGUCACCAAUGUACGAAAUGGUCAACAUCUUCGAGGUGUUUCUCCCCCAACUGUUGCGCUAUCCCAACCCGACGGAUCCGCUCAACGGCGAGGCUGCAGCCUUGAUGAUGAGGGAGCCAAAGAGCUAUGAAGCCAAGGUCAAGGAAUACGUCACCAAGUAUGCAUCAAGAGAAGCAGCAGAGGAUGCAGGCGAAGACUCAGACGACGACGAUGAAAUGAGCAGUGUCGGCAGUUUCGACUCUGAUGACGACGAACCUGCAGGCAACAUGGAUGAGAUUUGAUCUAUGGCUGAGAAAGAAGGUCUGAGGACGAGGUCAUACGGGUAACUUUUGCUGCAUUAUUUUCGAAGCCUGACACCAUGGCAUUCCUAGCCAGCCGGCGCAACAUGAUGGAUUUGAGGCGUUGAGGGGACCGGGACGGCGUUCUACUUUGUAGCUAGCUGCAUUACUAUUGCUAUUUUGCUCAGAGGAAGAUCAGAAACUAUGAUAUGAUAGUUGAAUGCACACAUCAAGAC